UUCUCAAUUUUUCACGAAUGUAAAUUAGUAAAUUUAAUGUAAUUCGCUAUGAAUUCAGAUAAAAAGGAUGGAGGAAAAUUACCCGAUGGCUGGGUAUUAUGUAAGUCUAAAUCAAUACCAGGAAGAAAGUAUUAUUUUCAUAAGAAAACAGGCAGAUCUUCUUGGAGUCAACCACAGGCUGAAGAUGAACAUGAUAAAAGCAAGAAAAAGAGCAAAAAGCAGAAGGAAAAACAGGAAAAAACUCAAAAGGAAGAAUCCUCUAGAAAGCACUUAAAGAGGAAAAGUGAUAACAACACAGAGACCCCAAAGAAAAAGCAGAAGCAAGUAACACCUGUGCACACACCUGUAAAACUCAACUCGAGCUUAAAAAAGACACCUGAAAAACCAAUUCCAAGCAGAUCAAGCAAUUCUUCUGGAAAGUCUUCAGCUAAUUCAAGACUUGCAAAAUUAAGGGCCCAAUUAGCAUCAGAAGCUCUGCAUGAAAGUAUAGAAACUACCCCUAAACUUAAAGCCCCAAGAAUAAGUCCUAAAGUAGUACCACAGACAGAAACACACACUAAAGUUCCAGAAUUAAAAAGUCCAAUCAGUGAAGCUAAGUGUCCCACAACUCAAUCACCGGGCAGUGAUAGUCUACAGUCCAUUCCGUCACCCUCACAGUUUCUAGCGGCAAACAAAAUAUUAUCAUCCAUGAAAGCUCAAUUACCUGAAGAAUAUAACAAUAAGUCUGUGCAAAAGGACACUUUUGCAGACAUUGAACAGGGCAUCUGUAAUCAGACAGCAGAUUACCCAUUCAUGAAGCAUCCAGCAACGCCUCCACAGUUUUCCGAAGCUAGCAAGUUGGUGUCAGCUAUUAAAUCAAAAUUAAGUUAUAAAAUGAAAGAUGAGCCUGUGGUGCCUGUGAAGACAUUUACUAGUGCAAAGGAACGAUUGGAGACACUAAGAAAUGAUUUAAGCAAUGAAGCUAUUAAUGAAAUGGAAGAUUGUUUGGAUGACAUUGUAUUCCCUGAAGAAGCUAUGGAGGUUGAUUGUAAAGAGAUCAAGAGUCCACCCCCCACACCAGUUAUCCAAUAUGAGCCUCCUCCAAAAGCACCGACUCAUACUACUCAGAAUGACACAGAGGAUGUUGUGCUAGUUGUUGAUACAAAUAUUUUUAUUCAUGAACUAGAUGUUAUUAAGAAUGUUCUCAAUUCACACAUAAAAGGUUACAACGAGCAGCCAACGCUCCUAGUUCCCUGGCGGGUGAUCAACGAGCUAGACAGACUGAAGGACAACAACAACGGCAACGGCGCCAUUUGCAAACGAGCGAGGGCGGCUAUGGACUACCUUUACAAAUCACUGCCCGAAAAUAAUAGGAUAAAAGGGCAGUCACUUAGAGACGCGAAUUCGCAUAUACAUCCGUGUGAGCUUCCAGACGACGAAAUACUGAAUUGUGCGCUACAACAAGCAGGGAGGGGUAAAUCUGUGAUCCUACUAUCAAAUGAUAAGAACUUAUGUAACAAGGCGGUCGUGAACGGCUUGCGUUGUAUAGGGCUGAGCGAGCUCAAGCCGCUACUGGAGAGCAAGCCGCAGGUGGCACCCGACCCCGACCGCGCCAACACCGUGCUCCGGCACCGCGACACCAUGCACCAGCUGCUCGCCAACAUACUGGAGAAUGAAAUGCGCGCGAAGUACAACAACCUCUGGAAGCACGUGCUGUUCAAGCCGCCGCCCUGGACGCUGGCCGACGUGCUGCAGUGCCUGCUCAAGCACUGGGUGGCCGUCUUCAACGAGGUCUUCCCGAGGAUCGAGCAUCUGAUCACCGAUUUGAAGAACUCUCUCGCUUCUAUUGAGAGCAAAGACCCCAAGUCUCUGUCACAAUCGGAAGUAACCAAUUUCAAAGAGCUGUGCCUGGAGAUAGCCCGUAAAUGUCUGAUAAUCCCCGAGUACAUGGAGCUGGCUAAGAUGACUGUGGAACGGCUGGAGAAGCGAGAUCCCCGGCCAGAGUUGCCCGUUAUAGAGGCUUUCGAGGGAAUCUGGACUGUGUUCUCUAGCUACUGUGCAAAGCUGGCAACAGGCAUGGGUGUGGCGCAUAGCAUAGAAGACAAACUGCCCACAGACGACCCCAUCGACGUCAUCACCAGCAAACUGCCCAUGUUCAGCAACCAGGUCAACUAUCUCACCAUGGCCAUCAAAGGCGCACUAAGUAUAGACCCUUCAGACCCGAGCCUGGACGAGCACGUGUCCCGCCUGGAGAUGGUGUUCAAGGACUCCGUCAACCUCAUCAGCCGCGACAGCCGGCAGAUCCACACGCACAGUCUGAGGAUUUUCUGCAUCAAGUGCAGGAACAUGCUGGAAGAGGCUCACUCCAAGUUCGCGCAGCUGAAGGAGCUGCUCGACCUGUGCAAGGAGCGCGUCGCGAACAAGUAGAACGUCAUGUCGUGGUCAGUUACUCGAAUAUUCCGUCUAGCAUGUUAAUCCGUCGCGUGGGGCUAUUCGACAAUAUCGGGGCAACAGUAAAACUUGCUCAAAGUAGCGGAGCGCAACGCAGGUCGUCGAAGAGGAUUUCGUACGCGCAGCACAUAAUGAUAAGAGAUACCGCGAGUGCCUGCUAGGAGCCAGCGCGCGGUAUCCUCUGAUAUGCUCAAUGCCGCGGAGUUAAUCCUCCACGGUGCUCCGAGGUUGGACUCCAAGCAUUAACAUGUAUACCGUAAUGUAAUUUAAUUUGUUUUUUACUGAUGACUGUACCACAUGCCUUUAUAAUACCAUUACGAUAUAUAACACAAAUAUCGGUUUAUACUACUGCGAACUACAGUAGAACCCGGUUAAAACGAUCAAGUUUAAUACGAUUUCCCGCAUAUUACGCCAUUUUACGCCGGUCCCUACAAUUUGAGACCUGUUUUCAGACAUUUUUUCACGCUUAAUACGACUCGCGUCUCCGCUUAAUACACAAUCUAAAACCCCUCACCUUGCAUUACUUUACAACUUUAUUUAUGCGGGUGACAAAAAUUGGAACUAAUUGUACUGUACUAAUUACGCGAUUCUGGCGACGCCGCCACCGCGCCACCCGUAAAGAUAAAUUUCUUAUUUGUCGUCCUAACUCAGCGGUUAGUGCGAUAGUUCGUAUCUACAUACACUUCGCUUAUUAUCACUGCUGCGGUGUUGAGUUUAUGAAUUCUUUGUCCCAUCUUUGGUUCAGUGAUGUCAAAAAUAAGAAAAAAAGCAUUAUCGUUCCAAAAAAAGUAACCAUAUUAAAAGUUUACGAUGAAACACUAUUUUUUCACGUUUAAUACGAUUUCCCGUAUAAUACGCUUUUUUGGCUGGGGACAAUUCUGAGGGGUCGUUUUAAGCGGGUUCUACUGUAUUAACAUAAAACUCUUGUUUCCAAUACUUUCAAAUAGCCCGCCUCGACUAUACUUAUAUAUUUUUACGGCCGCAUUUAGUUCGUGUAUAAGUAAGUAUACAGUGUGUAUACAUUUUUUAUGCGACUAUUCAAUCAUUGUUAUCCUAGUUAAUGAUUAAUUAGAUCACUAUGAGUUACAUGUUCAUCGGUAUUUCUUCUUUUACUAAGGUUAUACUUGACUCUACUAAUAUUAUUCAAGUGUUAAUUUACAGUAUGUAUAGUAAUACAGAAAAAUACAAUAGUUGAUAAUCAAUAAAUGUCUAGUGAACGUUGUAAUAAUUAGAUAAAUAAUUUGAUGGCAUUCUUGUAAAAAAGUAAGUAACUUUGACCGCGACUAUACUUAAGUCUAGUCCACAAUUUGUACAAAAUUGUACCAAUUUAGGGAGUAUAAACAAAAUAUUGAAGAUUCCUUUCAUAAGUUUUAGAACACAUGUUAGUCCAGAUUUAUAAAUGGAACUUACAUACGUAAGUGAGAGCGAAAAUUUAUUGAAACUGACCCAUGCACCGAACGGCCACCAAGCGGUCAUAACAAUAACGCUCUCUUAGCAGCCCGAUCGUCUCCCGGCACUGAAUCAGCCAAAUCUGAGCAUUUCUUUUUUUUGCCAAUAAUUAUUUUUUUAUUGUUUUAAGGAAUUUUAGGUCAAUAAAAUUGUACUCAGAAUCACGAGUACUUUCAAUCUCACUGGGAGACAAAAAGUGUCCCAGA